AUGCCCCAUACGUGCCUUAUGGUUCGAGGCCUGGGAAGUGUGUGCAAUGCACCCUUUGCGCACCCGGUUUUUAUGGCACUGGUAGUCGACGAAAGUGAUGCUAAUGUGACUUUCGGAGAGCACGUGCUGCGCGGUCAAAAUUUCCCUCCUAAAACUGAAGUACGUAAAAAGCAAUUAGAAAAAUUAAAACUUGAAAUUGAUAAACAACAAUUGAUUUUUACUAAACCAGUUUUAAAAUCCAAAGCAACAACAAUUGCUUCAUUUCGAAUUAGUCAUGUUUUAGCUAAGAAUAAAAAAUCAUUUCAAACCGAUGAAAUAUUAUCUCGUAAAACUGUAACUAGAAGAGUAGAAUCUAUAGGACAAAAUUUAGUUGAAAUAUUAAAACUAGACAUCAAAGAAUGUGUUUAUUUUUCACUUCAAUUCGAUGAAUCAACAGACAUAACAGAUACCGCUCAGCUAUUUUGUAUUACGACCGAUGGAGCUCCAGCUAUGAUAGGUAAAAAUAAUGGUUUUAUUGCUUUGUGUAAGAAUGAUAAUAAUUUUCCAAAUUUUAUAACGUUCCAUUGUGUGAUACAUCAACAAGCAUUGUGUGGAAAAAUAUUGAAUACAAGAACUAUAAUGGACAUUGCUUUUAAAAUAGCCAAUUCUAUACGUUCACGAAGCUUGCAAAGGCGACUUUUUAAAUUACAAUUAGAAGAAAACGAUUCUCAGCUUUGUGAUAUAUUACUGCAUACGGAUGUUAGAUGGUUGAGCCUUGGUAAAUUUCUAGAAAGGUUUCAAUGUUUACUUCCUGAAGUAAUAAAGUUUUUAAAAUCCAGAGGCGAUAAUUAUGAUUGUUUAACAAACAAUAGAUGA